GGUUGGGCACCAUGUAUGUUAGACAUAAACAAGUUCAGGCUUUGAUUUCGGCCUCUGAGUUGGGCUUACAGCUGCUGAACUACACAGGCCUCCUGAUGGGAAUCGCCAGCACUGUCGGGAUGUGCGUUGUGGCCAACUUUCAGAAAACAGAUAUGACAUCCAUCCACCUUCUUGGAGCAGGCCUGACCUUUGGUCCUGGGACGCUGUAUAUCCUGUUCCAGACUGGCAUGUCGUACCGCAUGCAGCUGCGUUUCCACGGAAGGGAUAUUCUGUGGGCGCGUAUGGCUGUGGGAAUGUGGUCGCUCAUUAGCAUCAUUACACUUGUGUCAAAAAUCACUCUGCGGGUUCAGCCUGUUCUUCAGAGUAACCAUCUCUACGACUAUCCUCACUAUGAAGAGAGAGAGCACAUGCAGCAUGGAGAACGCUCACCUCUGCUGGCUGGUGCCAUGUGAGAGACACUGCCACUGUGUGUCUGACAUCGAGCACUGCAGUCAUAUUCAGUGGACUCUACUUCACAAACUUGAGCGUUUCCGGAGAAACCUUUCACGUUCAAGAGAAGCUUCUGUACGCUGUAAGCUUUAUGCAUUAUUCUGAGAAUAUUGAGAGAAAGUCUAGUUAUGUACAAAAAUUUUUACACAAGCCAAGUCAAUACAGUAUCACACUACUUUUAGUAAGUUUUUCCUUUUAAUUUGAAAAGAAACGUUAAAU